AUGAAUAAACAUAUACUGGUUCAUACUGGAGAGCAACCUUAUAAGUGUACUACAUGCGGAAAAUCUUUCACAUACAAAAGUAAUAUGAAGAAACAUACAUUUGUUCAUACUGGAGAGCAACCUUAUAAGUGCAGUACAUGUGGAAAAUCUUUCAAGACCAAAGAGCAACCUUAUAAGUGCAGUACAUGUGGAAAAUCUUUCAAAUGCAAAUACACAUGGAAGGAACAUGCAUUGUUUCAUACUGAAUAUCAACCUUACAAGUGCAGUACAUGCGGAAAAUCUUUCCCAACCAAAGAUAGUAUGAAGACACAUACAGUUGUUCAUACUGGAGAGCGACCUUACAAGUGCACUACAUGCGGAAAGUCUUUUGCAACCAAAAGUGAUAUGAAGAAACAUACAUUUGUUCAUACUGGAGAGCAACCUUAUAAGUGCAGCAUCCGGCCUCAGGUCCGCCAAUUGAGCGGAGUAAGCAAGCUUUGA